AUCAUGUUCAAUCUCGGCUACGACGAGAUACGCAUUAUCGACGACGGCGAUGAUCACAAAAUCCUACUUCCGGACUCGCCGCUACGAUGGCGUAAUGCUUUUGGUAUCGCCUAAAACCGUAGCGUUGUGACCUCCCUACUUAUCUCUGCUAAAGCCGUAACGUUGAGCAUCUCCCUACUAUUUGCUUAUCUCUGGUUGACGCUCCAAUAAUCCAUUCUGAUUGGUUAGUAUUAUUUGGUGUUGUUAUUUAGGCGCAUUCAGGUGUUACAGGUUAAAGUUUGAAUGAUGAGUGAAGUUAUAUUGUUGAAUUUAUCACGUUUAUGAAAAUGUCUCAAAGAUCAAGGAGAACUCUACGCAGUAGUCAAUUUAGACAAGUUGAUUCUGACUUUGAUGAUGAUGACUCUCCACCUAAGUCACAAAAACGAAGGCGUCCUAAUCAUAAACAAGCAAGCCAAUCUAGGCAGAGCACUACCUUGUAUGAUUUGGAUGAAGUGCCUUCGCAAGGCUCACAAAGAUCAAAAGCAAUACAACUUACAUCAGAAGAACUAUCACAUUUAGUUAGCAGUGUUAUACGAUACAUAUUUACUGUUAAUCAUUCUAAGACUGUCAUUCAACGAAAGUACAUAGUGGAUAACAUUCUGACAAAUCACAGUAAGCACUAUCAGUGUAUAAUGACCGAAGUGGAAUCUCAAUUGUUAAAGGUUUUUGGGUAUAAACUAGUACACAUCAAUGAGAGCAAAUACAUUUUAAUAAACGAUGUUCCUAAUAGUACACCGCAUCUUACAUUCAGACAGAAAGAAAGAUCGGAAUCAGUUCUCCUACUACUUAUUUUAAGUCAUAUAAUGGCAUUAGGUGAUGCUUGCAAAGAAGACACCUUGUGGGCAUUCUUACAGCAGUUAGAAAUUGUUGGAAAUAAAUAUAAAGAGCAUCCAUACUUCGGUGACGUCGAGACAUUAGUAACAGUGGAGUUUAUGAAGCAGCACUAUCUUGUGAAAGUCAGAAUUAAUGAUUCAGACCCGCCAAAAUAUGAAUAUCGUUGGGGCAUCCGAGCACAAAACGAGUUAUCUAAAGACGAUGUUCGAGAUUUCAUGUCAAAAAUCUAUGGUUGUGACUUACCAUGGUCAGAUAUGCAAUAGAAUAAACUGAUAUAAAAGAAGCAUGAAAACAUUUUUCCUUUUUAAAAUAAUAAAUUUUAUACCAUACAAUUUACGUCCAAAUUAUUUUUUUUCACCAAUUGUAAUAUAACUAUGACAUAAUUCCUAAUAAAGGAUAAUUUACUUCGCAUAA